AUGAAACGUCAACGCCGACGGAUGGUGGGUGUCUACCGUGCGAUCCCAGAAAUUGACUCGAUGUGUCGCGCAGUUGAGGAUGCAGAUUAUGACAAAACUGAUCUGUUUCCACUAGAUAUCCCAGUCCAUUGUGAUGUAUUUAUAUUGAAGGGCUUGAACCGUCGGACGAUGAAGAUGCGACAUAUCCGUCGUCGUCUAUUCUUCCUACAGCAAGCCUGGCAGUGUCCAGCUACUUCGGGUGACUUGUCAACACAACUGUAUCUGAUCAAGAAGCAACUGCGACUGGAACGACAUGCUUUGUUGAAGCAGGCACAACUGAACGCCCACAUCAUGUGCGCAUCCAGACGAUUACCAUUGAGCGUUGGUGCGGCGCUGCGUCAACGCUGCGAUCCCUCACCCCCUCCACUACAGUUGGCCCCUGCAGCUCUACGUCGGUGCUGUCAACUGGACAAUACUAAUAAACAGCGGUGCGAACGUGCUUGUUUACCGAUGUCAAAUCAUUGCGUUCAACACGUGCUCUACAACGUGCAUCAGCGUCUAUUCGCCUUCUGUACGCAGUCAUUCUGUCGUCGACCAGUGAACUCGAUCGACGCACUGCUUUGGGAUGGAAAAUGUGCACUACACAGACAGUCCAGAGAGGACAGAUACGGUCCGGCACCGUUUGUACGACACCAGCUCAUUCAUGGGUUCAUCGUCGUCAAUAGGCUCACCACUUGGUGA